AUGUUUCUCCAAACAACCCUACUCGCCGCCGUGGCCAUCCUGGCCCACGCUCAACAAGACACAUCCGGCAACACUCUUGCCGAAUUCGACUGCUCUGCUGCGACCUUCCCAGCCGGCAUCGACGGCGAUCCCCCACCCAUCAGCCAAUUCAGCAACGCCUCCUCCGUAACCAUCGACGGAUCCAAAGUCACCAACGUCGACUGCCAACCCGACCCCAAGAACCCCGACAACGGGCAAUUGGCAUACUGCGUCUUCUCGGACUCUCGGCUCGACGCCGGAUCUGUGUCGAUCCACUUCACCUAA